AUGGGACUGCUGGACAAACUGUCAGGCUGGCUUAGCCUGAGGAAAAAAGAGGUCAAUGUCUUGUGUUUGGGACUGGACAACAGCGGCAAAACUACCAUCAUCAACCAACUAAAACCUGCAAAUAAUAUGAAUCAUUUAGGCCCAUUUUCACCAGAGUGGAAACAUGUUAGUCAGACCCCAGCUCAGGAUAUAGUCCCGACAAUUGGUUUCAACAUUGAGAAAUUUAAGAGUUCAAGCCUUUCUUUUACGGUCUUUGAUAUGUCCGGGCAGGGCAGAUACAGAAAUUUAUGGGAGCACUACUACAAAGAAAGCCAUGCCAUCAUAUUUGUCAUUGACAGCGGUGACAAAUUCAGGAUGGUUGUUGCCAAAGAGGAGCUGGAUAAUCUUCUCAAUCAUCAAGAUAUCUGCUGCAAAAAGAUUCCUGUGUUGUUCUUUGCAAACAAGAUGGAUCUGCGUGAUGCCAUGUCCUCCGUGAAGGUCACGCAGAUGUUGUGUUUGGAGAACAUCAAAGAUAAACCCUGGCACAUCUGCCCCAGCAAUGCCAUCAAAGGAGAGGGCCUACAAGAGGGACUGGACUGGCUACAAGAUCAUAUCAAAACAACGAAAAGCUGA